AGUAUAAACUCCAAGUUCGCUCAGUAGAGGAGACAACAAAAGGUGACGAUGUAUCGCGGCCAUUCGAUCUGAGGUGGUAGUGUACUUUUCUUGGCUCAUCUUCUUUCACCCUUCACCUCGCGUUUACUUCGUCUUCCAUAAUGCGCUUCACAUUGUGUCGGUCGCUUCCGACAUUGUCCCGAGCAGGCUUCUGUAUCCCGUCCUCAAUCAUUCGAGCCUCGUAUUCCACGACCUCGACUCCCCACGGCGCGCAUCACAUCCAGACCCGUGAGUCGAAACUGAAACCCGAGCACAAGGACGGCCGACGAUUUCGCGAGUUCGACCUCGAAGACCGGGUGUACGCGGUCACCGGAGGCGGACGCGGCCUCGGUCUCGCGAUGGCCGAAGCUCUGAUGGAAGCCGGCGCAAAGGUGCACUGCCUGGACCGCCUCGAGAACCCGCACCCGGACUUCCUAGCGGCCCAAGACCACGCGGCGAGCACCUACGGCGGGACACUGCACUACCACCGGGUGGACGUGCGGGACGCGGACGAGAUGAACGAACUCUUCGCGACGAUCGCGGCGCAGGACCGGCGGCUGGACGGGCUGCUGGCGGCGGCGGGCAUCAACCACCUGCAGGCGGCGCUGGAGCACUCGGCGGCCGCGCUGCAGGAGGUGAUGGCGAUCAACUACACGGGGGUGUUCAACGCGGCGACGGCGGCGGCGCGCCAGAUGUUCGCCCACCAGCGGAAGGGGUCGAUCCUGCUGGUGGCCAGCAUGAGCGGGCUCAUCGCCAACAAGGGCAUGACCUCGCCCGUGUACAACUCGUCCAAGGCCGCCGUCAUCCAGCUGGCCCGCUCCCUCGCCAUGGAGUGGGGCCGUCACGGCGUCCGCGUCAACAGCCUCUGCCCCGGCCACAUCCUCACCCCCAUGGUCGAGCAGGUCUUCCAGCAGAACCCCGCCGCCCGCGCCGUCUGGGAGGCUGAGAACAUGCUCGGCCGCCUGGCCACCCCCGAGGAGUUCCGGGGCGCCGCGCUGUUCGCGCUCAGCGAUGCUAGUAGCUUCAUGACGGGGAGUACUUUGGUCAUUGAUGGGGGGCAUACCGCUUGGUAGACUUUCGUCCACUUUUUUUCGGGAGGGGCCCCGGGGCCGGGGAGGGAUAUAUACACGCGCGAUACAUGCAUCGAUAUAGUGGAUGCGCGAUGUUGGACGAUGGAGGGGUAGGGAUACCCUCUAUACUUAAUGCUUCAUAAUUGUGGAGAGUUAUGUUUAAGGGGGACGGUUUCUUCUCAGUACAAAAAGAACGGGUAAGUACAGGACAUAAUCAUGUUUGUCUCAUACU